AAAACCAUCAUGGCAUCGAUUGUUACAAUUUUAUCUGUUAUUAUUGUAAUAUUAUUAAUUAUAAAAUAUUUUUGGACAAAUCGGGUCCAUUGGACCUAUCAUAUUUAUCAAUGUGUGAAACAUAUACCAGGACCAUAUAAUAUUCCCUUAUUGGGAUGUUGUUUACCGUUUUUGGGAAGUUUGGAGCAUCUAUGGAAGAAAUUACGUGAAAUGAAUGAACUAUAUCCAACAAUUUACAAAAUGUGGGGUUUUAAUCGAUGUGCCAUUUUAUUCCUGGAACCCGAUGACGUUGAGAUGGUACUUUCUAGUACAAAACAUUUAGAAAAAAAUGAAGCUUAUAACACUGCUCGUCCAUGGCUUGGAGAUAGUUUGCUUCUGAGUUGCGGUAAUAAAUGGAAAUCACGCAGACGAAUUUUAACACCAGCAUUCCAUUUUAACAUAUUAAAUGAAUUUGUGAAUGUUUUUGAAGAAAAUAGUGAAAAAUCUGCAAAUUUUAUUAAAAAUAAUUGCAAUAAAGAUUUGAAUCCACAUGAGAUUGCCGUUGAACAUACCUUGCAUUCAUUAUGUGAAACUACGAUGGGAAUUUCUGUGAAUAUAGAAGAUCCGGAUGUUAAACAAUAUAAGGAUGCUUUAGAUAAAUUUGGCUUUUUCGUAUUUUAUCGUCUUUCAAGACCAUGGUUUUAUCCAGAAUUUACAUUCAAUUUUACAUCAAAAAAACGUGAACAAGAUUCGCUAAUUAAAGCAAUGCAAAAAUUUACGUUGAACGUAAUUAAUGAACGUUUAGCAAAUUGGAGUGACGAAGGUAAACAGCCUUUGUUUUCAGCGUCUGGUAAACGAAUACAACCAAUGUUGGAUAUAUUAAUUGGUGAAAUGAAACAAGGUGGUGAUAUUGAUUUUGAAGGAAUUCGGGAAGAAGUUGAUACAUUCAUGUUUGAGGGACAUGAUACCACUUCGACAGGAUUGAAUUUCUUGCUAAUGUUGUUGGCAAAUCAUCCAGAUGUACAGAAUGGACUUUAUGAAGAACAAUUAACGAUAUUUAACGGCUCAAAGCGAAAAGCAACUUAUGAUGAUUUACAAAAUAUGGAGUAUUUGGAGCGUUGCAUAAAAGAAUCUUUACGAUUAUAUCCACCAGUUCCAAUUAUUGGACGACUUAUCGACGAAGAUAUUGUCCUCAAAAAAAACUAUAUUAUCCCAGCCGGUAUAUAUAUAGGUAUAAUGAUAUACGAUUUGCAUCGCAAUCCAAAAUAUUGGCCAAACCCGAAUAAAUUUGAUCCAGACCGAUUUUUACCCGAUAAUUGUGUAAAUCGUCAUCCUUUUGCAUAUAUUCCAUUUAGUGCUGGUUCCAGAAAUUGUAUAGGUCAACGUUUUGCAAUGUUAGAAAUGAAAUCAUUCACAUCGAAAUUGAUAAGAGAGUUUAUUUUAGAACCCGUUGAUACUCCGGACUCAAUUGUGAUGCGAGCUGAUAUGAUCUUACGUACAAGUAAACCGAUUAAAGUUAGAUUUCGUAAAAGAACAAGUUUUAUAAUUAUUUGUGAUGUAUUAAUUAUCGUGAUGGCAUCUGUAACAGUUUUAUUACUUGUAAUUGUAAUAUUAUUUAUUAUAAAAUUAUUAUGGGCAAAUCGUUUACAUUGGGAUUAUCGUAUUUAUCAAUGUGUUAAAAAUAUACCAGGACCACCGUGUAUACCAUUGGUGGGAUGUUCAAUACCGUUUAUUGGAACUCGAGAGCACUUAUGGAAUAAAUUUCGUGAAACAGCUGCAAAAUAUCCAGAAAUUUACCGGCUAUGGGGUAUUAAUCGAUGUGUUAUUAUCUUCUUGGAACCAGAUGACAUUGAACUGAUACUUAGUACAAGUACGAAAAAUUUGGUAAAAUGUGAACCGUAUGAUUUUGUGCGUGAUUGGCUUGGUGAUGGUUUAUUACUUAGUAGCGGUAGUAAAUGGAAAUCACGUAGACGAAUUUUAACACCUGCAUUUCAUUUUAACAUAUUAAAUGAAUUUGUGGAUGUUUUUGAAGAAAAUAGUGAAAAAACUGCAAAUUUUAUUAAAAAUAAUUGCAAUAAAGUUUUGAAUGCAGGAGAACUUGCUGUUGAACAUACCAUGUAUUCCUUAUGUGAAACUACCAUGGGAAUUUCUGUGAAUAUGGAAGAUCCAAAUAUUAAGCAGUACAAGAGCGCAUUACAUGAAUUUGGUGGUAUUGUCUACGAUCGUAUCACAAAACCCUGGCAAUAUCCAGGUUUAUUAUUCUAUUUCUCGCAAGCAAAACGAAAUUCAGACAGAUUAAUUAAAGAAAUGCAUAAAUUUACAUUGAAUGUUAUUCAUGAACGCUUGUUAAAUUGGAGUACAGAGGGGAAACAACCUCUAUUUUCCGCAUCUGGUAAAAAAAUUUUCCCAAUGAUGGAUUUAUUAAUUGGUGAAAUGAAACAAGGUGGUGACAUUGAUUUUGAAGGAAUACGCGAAGAAGUUGAUACUUUUAUGUUUGAGGGCCACGAUACAACUUCAACAGCCUUAACUUUUUUGUUGAUGCUGUUAGCAAACAAUCCAGAUGCACAGAAUCGAAUUUAUGAAGAACAAUUAUCCAUAUUUAACGAUUCAAAACGUAAAGCCACUUAUGAUGAUUUACAAAAUAUGGAUUAUUUAGAACGUUGUAUAAAGGAAGCUUUACGAUUAUAUCCACCAGUACCGUUAAUUGGACGUACUUUAGAUGAAGAUAUUGUACUCAAAAAAAAUUUUACAAUUCCAACAGGUGUAUACAUGGGAAUAAUGAUUUACGAUUUACAUCGUAAUCCAAAAUACUGGCCAGAUCCACAUAAAUUUGAUCCAGACCGAUUUUUACCCGAUAAUUGUGCAAAUCGUCAUCCAUUUGCAUAUAUUCCAUUUAGUGCUGGUUCCAGAAACUGUAUUGGUCAACGUUUUGCAAUGUUAGAAAUGAAAUCAUUUGCAUCGAAAAUAAUAAGAGAAUUUAUUUUGGAACCAAUUGAUACUCCUGACACAAUUACAUUGGCAGCUAAUCUGAUCAUACGAACAAAAAAACCGGUUGAAGUUAAAUUCCGUCGACGAUUUUAAAAUAUUUUUACAAAAAAAUAAAUAAUAAAAUUAAAAUUUGUAA